GGUAAAUAGUUUUAUAGAGAAUGAUAAAGUUGUUUUUAUUUUGACGGAAACGUUCUGUUUUCUUGCGGUGGAAUUCGUUUUUGUGGUACCAUGAUGGGAAAGUAGCUGCUUUCACUGAUACGCUCACUCGAAAAAAAAAGAAAGUGAAAUUCGAAACAGGCUUCUCUCGGUCGGAUAUUCGGUUCAUUCGUUAUUAAAUGAAGGUGCGUAAACUUAUAAUAUGCAUGGUACGUAAUGUUCUGCCAGCAGUGCUUCUGAUAAGAUGCUUUUUGAGUGUAUAAGGAGAGUUGCGGAGCCUUGUACGCGGACGCUUCUCGUUUGUGUGAAGCUGGUGGGGAGUGAUGACGGCUUGUGGAAUUUAUGUCGCAUAUUUAUUAUUGCAAUAUUGUGGUACGGGACAUCACUUGCUUGCCUUGGAAGUGAUACACUUGUGGCUAAGAAGAGCGUGCAUUUUGCGUGUUCCGUGAAGUGAUCAUGUGCACCAUUUGCGUGGCGGCAGAUGUCAGUUGUCAUGCUACCGUGCUCCGAAUUGAAACCCUACUGUAAGUGUGUAACCAGUGAUCUUUAGUGCCAUACCUGUCCGGAACAUCGCUGGCAUGUGCGUCUGUGCUCGUCUGCUGUUCCAGUAGAAUGUAGAAAAUAGCGGGAACUGUGCGUGGCCCUCGAAAGCAGUGCUCAUCGACGGUGGCACCGACAUCGGCGCGUGUUCUUUGACAACUCGCAACUUGGCCAUCUACAACGUGAUGCAUGUGUUCACGCGUGAUCAAAUGGAAGAAAGAAAGAAAGUCACUGUGUUUUCAUAGCAGAACGAGGCUCGUGGCGCACGUGGCUAUGCCACGGAUUCGAACACCGAACACCAACCUCGAGAGAUGUUUUACUAUUACCCGAGUCCACCCAUGUCGAGGACAGGUUGCAGGGACAAGGAUAAAGAAAAGCAUGACUACAACCCUAUACGCAGGUCACACACCAUCAUGUGCCCUGAAGAUGUGGCUGCAGGCAAGAAAUCUUACUGGCCAGAGUUGGAGAUAACAGGGAUCAUCCGUAACCUGAGCCCUGCGCUUUGGAACCUGUCACACUUGCGCUGCCUGUACCUGAAUGACAAUUGCCUGUCACGUCUACCACCAGGCAUUGCCCAACUAGCAGGAUUGACUCAUCUGGAUCUGAGCUGCAACAAGCUGCGUUCUCUGCCAGCUGAAUUGGGUGAUUUGGUGAUGCUGCGUCAGUUGCAUUUGAACCACAACCAUCUGCGAGUGCUCCCCUAUGAGUUGGGAAGACUCUUCCGCCUGCACACUCUCGGACUCAAAGGAAACCCAUUGGCCCCAGAGCUCCUUAAUAUGUACAAUGAACCAAAUGGUACCCCAAAACUCUUGGCAUACCUGUUGGAGAACCUUGGAGAUGGAUUGCACUGGGAAGAGGACGUAAAUGCUGGAACCGAGUGCCUACCAGGUGCACUAUCUGAGGACGUCAUCUACCCAGACAGUACUGAAUACAUCGUGAUGGGAGACCAGACGUGGUGGAGCGCGUACUCAAAUGAUUCUGAAUGUAUCGUGUGUGCCACCGCUGAAGUCGACGCGUACGUCACUGCGGUUCAACCACCGCAGCGGCCAUGGGUGCAAGUGGUACAUCAAAUGCGAUCUCAGCCUUCAACUGCAUUCACAGUGAUGUGCUACAAUGUGUUGUGUGACAAGUAUGCCACGAGACAAGUGUAUGGGUACUGUCCAGCAUGGGCGCUUAGCUGGGAGUAUCGCCGAAAAGGAAUAAUGGAUGAGAUUCGGCACUACGCAGCUGACAUCAUCUCUUUGCAGGAGGUAGAAACAGAACAGUUCCACGACUUUUUCCUACCAGAGCUAAAGCGAGACGGUUAUGAUGGCAUCUUCUCCCCAAAAUCUCGGGCUAAGACCAUGUCUGAGAGUGACAGGAAGCACGUUGAUGGUUGUGCUAUUUUCUUUCAAACAAGCAAGUUCGCACUCAUAAAGGAGCAUCUUGUGGAGUUCAACCAGCUCGCCAUGGCUAAUGCAGAUGGCUCAGAUGAUAUGCUGAACAGAGUUAUGACCAAGGACAACAUUGGUCUGGCAGCCCUGUUGCAGUUCAGAGAAGGCAUCUUUGAGAAUGCCAGCCCAGAGCACAAGAGCCUGCUGCAGCAGCAACCACCACUAUUGGUGUGCACAGCACACAUUCACUGGGACCCUGAGUACUGCGACGUGAAGCUGAUUCAGACUAUGAUGCUAAUGCGAGAGCUGCGCACCAUUGUUGAUGACGCUGUGCAGUUGCUUAGGGCUGGAUCCCUGGGAGGGCCUCACCGUAGAACUUCACUGGACACCUCCAGCAUUCCACUCCUACUCUGUGGUGACAUGAACUCCCUCCCAGACUCAGGUGUUAUUGAGUUCCUGAAGACUGGCCACGUCUCGCCGGACCAUCCAGACUUUAAAGAGCUUGGCUACAAGGAUUGCCUGCGCAAAAUGUGCCUGGAGUCUGACUCGCUCUUAGGUGGCAUGUACACUCAUCCCUUCAAGAUGAAGGAAGCGUAUGGAGAAGGAAUCAUGCCCUACACAAAUUAUACGUUUGACUUCAAAGGAGUCAUCGACUACAUCUUCUUCACACAGCAGCACAUGUCAGUACUAGGGGUACUGGGGCCCUUGGAUCCUCAUUGGCUGCAAGAUAACAAGGUGGUGGGCUGUCCACAUCCACAUGUGCCGUCAGACCAUCUGCCCCUGCUGGCCCAGCUUGAAAUGGCACUUGUGACUAAUGGUCUGGUCCAACGCAGGUAGCAAUGGCAGGAGCCAGCCCUCCCCCAUCAUCGUCUUCUGUCCCCUACUGGUUCACUCCGUGUGCAUCUGGACUUGCUCGAGUCCUGUGGUUAAGGCACCAUGACUGCUGCUUCUCAGUGAUCCCAUUUUGCUGUGAUCACUGCUGUGGCAAAACAGCCUCUCUAGUGCCGUGUGCCGCAUCCCCCUGUGUUGGUUCAUCCUAGUGUACCAUAUAAAAAGAGGGUUGGUGAUGCUCCUCCUGUGCUAACUUUGGUCUUGGGUCACUUGGGUCAGCAGCAUUAGUGGUAGCAGCAGCAGCAGCUCAGAACUAGAUCAUGGGUGACUCUAGCUUCACUCCUCCUUUUCUUCUUCUUCUGCAGCAGCCUGCAGUUAAUGACUCAAGAAGGCCACAGCAAGGCUGCCGACAUUCUAGGAUGUACAAGAAAAUUAAAAAGAAGCGGGAAUUGUGCAGUCAGUACUGUCGUCAUGCAGUUGACCUUGAUUUUUUUUUUUCAUUGAAACAGCUGGCAUAUUAAUUAUCUAAUUCUUGAAGCAUAGCUCUGUGGCCCCUUGCUUUUUUGCUACAAAACUAGAGGUGCAAGUUCCUCCUCCUCCUGCUUAAUGUGUAAGCCAGCUUUCGAACAUCUUUAAAUAAUAAGUCCGUUUGAAUGGCCCAUGAGUCACUGGAAGGAAAGAAUAGAAAUUUUGCUUUGAAUGCCAUAAUAUUUACUUAGUAUGCACAGUGGUAACAAAGAAGCAAAAAAACGAACUAAACAUAAUUGAUGGCAGAUGCUAAUUUUCAAUUGACUUUUCUUUAACUGCACCAAAGCACUGUUUUGUCUUGCUUACUGCUUAUAUACAUGAAGCAAAGAUCAGUAAGAGUUCUUGUCUGUUGCAUUGCAUUAAAACUUGUAUCUGUGACACAACAUUAUGGCACAUUUCAGCCAGAAUGGCCCAACAGUUACCAGCGCUGACCAGUACUGAAUUUUUGCCCUAUCAGAGAUGGCAGCCUGAGAGCUGCUAGCUUGGAAAAAUGUAAAACGUGAAAUCGCUGCCAGGCAGCAUGUCUCAGUUUUGGACUUGCUUUGGGGCCAAAGCAAGUAACUAGGUCUGACGACAGAACUGUGUAGUUUGUCAUGCAAUUGACCCAUAUUUUCCAAUUUAUUCAGUAAAGAAACGCACAAGAACAGCUUAAGGACCAAGUACUGCCCCUGUGGUGUGUGGUGUGGUGCAUCCUUUGACACCGUCCACUUGCCCAUCAUAGCCAUUUGAGGAUUGCCAGAGAUUAUUGGCUUUGCUCUUUUGUGAAACUCAAACUGCCACUUGAACACUCAUGAAGUGAAUCAGGAGUGCUGCAUACUGGUAGAGAAUGCGCCAUCUUUGUGGGGGGGAAAAAGUGAGACAAAGCUGGGAGAAUUUUUUAUUGCGCCUGUGUGGAAUAAAUUGGUGUGUAAUGUGAGAUGUUACUGCGUCUUGUGCAUGUGAUCAGGCAAGUGCUGCUGUGGUCUAGCAUUGAAGCCUCUCAAUGCAUACUUCAGACAGUCAUGUACAGUUGGAAGCUGCCCAUCUGGUGCAACUAUAUACUUGCUUGUAUGCUGCAGCUAGGAAGAUGCUGCUGAGUCCACAUAAAGGGAGGAAGGAACUGUUUCAGCAAUGUGAGCUUACCUGCAGUUAGACUUUAUUCCAUGUAACCUCAUAGUGCAUUGCUCUUAAGUGCAGACUAGCAUCAAUGUCAUUGGAACACUGGCUGCCAUGAGUAACGAAGCAUUGCUGACACAGUUCAUUCUCUUUGGUGCUGUAUGCUUAUCUUCCUACACAAUGUUUUGUUGGGUUGGAAAUGCUACUGAAGCACUGUCUUGUCAUGGUUGUGCCCUCAGAUACGUAGUUAUAGCAUCUAUUUCUGAAGUGGCGGACUAGGCGUCAAUACAUAUGUACACAUUUAAUGAGAAAUUAUGGUCCAAGCCGUGAGUAUUUGUGUGAUGUGCAGUCAUAUGUUGGCUCGACAUAGCAUUUCAUUUUUUUCUUGUCCAAGCAUCACAUAUAAUGGAUGACGCAGGGUUAAUUUUGAGAGGGGAACUUGCAUUGGUACUUCAUUGGUUAAUAUGUCAAAGUCCUUGUCUAAAAAUAAAGUUUCAGAAAAAAAAUGCAUUUUCAUUUGUCGCAUGCUGUAGUAUAAGUGCUUCCUUUAUUUUGUUGUAGUUGUUGACCGCGGUCUGCCGUAUUUAAGGCAAAUCUAUUUUUUGAGUACUUUUGAUCAGGGUAUGACUGGGAAGACCCACAUGAAUCACUGGUCAAAUCCUGCCCAAUCUGUGGCCUGCCACUUACGAAAUCAAUUUCUGCUUGAGUUUUUAUCCAAAUUGAGGUCAACAACAUUUUUUUUACAGUGUUUCAUGGAGUGCUAAGGUCAUAUUCUUUGCCCUGUAUUCUAGAGCUAGCUGCUUGUGUACAAUGCAUCAAUGUAAAUAGAAGCUAAGAAAUGACGUGUCAUGAAGAGCUGGCUUUUCUCAUUGAACAUGACAAAAUUUUAAUUUUUUUUUUUCUUUCACCGCAUCCAGUAUUGCAGAUUGUGUGCACAGGAUGAAAAAUGCAUUUGUGUAAAGCUGUUGUCUUUGCUAUGAUUGACUUGAUGUGGAUGUUCCAUUUUUCAUGCAAUCGCACCAUACAACAAGGGUUCUAAAUUCCAAUUUUUCUAACCCUUUUUUUAUGGAUGUGUAAAGUCUCCUUGUUAUGAGUGUUGUAGAGAGUUCUUCAAAUUGAAAUAAAACAUGGUUGAAGUCCUUGCA